AUGUCCAGGCAUAAUAACAACUUUUCAGGUACAUCAUCGCCUUUACAGUUUGAGGAAAUUGCAGUUUUUGAAGAGUUUGAAAUUCCAUCGGCACAUAAUUAUAAUAAUAAUGAUAAUAAUGAUAAUGAUGAUAAUAAUGAUGAUAAUAAUGAUGAUAAUAAUGAUGAUGACCCUAAUAGUUCAUCCACUCACAAUCAUAACCACAGAAAACGAGGCCGAGGCCAUCACCAUUCAUCACGACUCCGCAAGUUUGAAGACUCGGAUGCUCAACAACAAUGGGAGGAAUCACUUCAACAAAUUCAAGAUCUUUUAACGUUUAUUAUUGUUCCUGUUGCUGGCAAGUUUCUUGGCCGGAGGUUUGCCUAUUAUUUAUGGGCCCGAUUCACUGCAUACCGGUACGGCACAGCAACUCCGCAAAUCAAAGACAAGGCUGCAUUUGCGGCCACUGGUGUGGUUGAAUCUGCAGUCACACUUUCUGUUUAA